CAAUCGUCGGUUGAUUCGUGGUUUCAAGGCUCAGAACUCUGAAGACCGACUUGAGGAGUCGAGACUUGUGAGAGAGUGAGAGAAGUAUGGAUCGUGAGUGGGGCUCGAAGCCAGGUACCGGCGGCGCCGCCUCCGCCCAGAAUGAGGCCAUCGACCGCCGGGAGCGCCUCCGCAGGCUCGCCCUCGAGACCAUCGAUCUCGCCAAGGAUCCCUACUUCAUGCGCAAUCACCUCGGCAGCUAUGAGUGCAAGCUUUGCCUGACUUUGCACAACAACGAGGGCAACUACUUGGCGCAUACACAGGGGAAGAGGCACCAGACCAAUUUGGCCAAGAGGGCCGCGCGUGAGGCCAAAGAUGCCCCUGCUCAGCCGCAGCCCAACAAGCGGAAGGUCAAUAUCCGCAAGACAGUCAAAAUUGGUCGGCCCGGGUACAGAGUGACAAAACAAUUCGAUCCGGAGACGAAGCAAAGGGCCCUCCUCUUUCAGAUUGAGUACCCUGAAAUAGAAGAUCUUACGAAGCCAAGACACCGAUUUAUGUCUUCUUAUGAGCAGAGAAUCCAGCCGUUCGAUAAGAGGUACCAGUAUCUUCUUUUAGCUGCUGAACCCUAUGAGAUUAUUGCUUUCAAGGUUCCAAGCACAGAGAUCGAUAAAUCAACCCCAAAGUUCUUCUCACAUUGGGAUCCAGACUCGAAAAUGUACACGUUGCAGUUGUAUUUUAAGCUAAAACCACCGGAAGCAAACAAACCUCAGCCUCCACCUGCAGCUAAUGGAGCCCCGGCUCCAGGUGCUCCGCCUCGGCCACCAUCGCAAGCUCCACCGCCACCUCCACCUCCACCACAAGGGCUGCCGCCAGGAGCCCCUCAAAGACCUGCCCCACCUCCAAUGGGAUCGAUGCCGCCGCCACCACCUCCCAUGGCCAACGGUCCAAGGGCCAUGCCUCCUGGCGGCCCACCACCAGUUGCCCCUCCGCUGCCGGUCAGUGGCGGAGCUAGCUUCACUCCUGGCAUGCAGAUGAACAGGCCCCCUAUGCCCCCGCCUCCUCAUGGUUUUCCUGGACAGCAAAUGUAGAAUUAACCGUUCUUGCUGAAACGCUUCAUUUUGUGCUUUCUAUGGCUGGGUUGAUACAACUCUCUUGGGUUAUUAUUAGUAUUCAGAUUCACUGUGUCUUGACCUUAUUAAUGAAGCACUUGUCUUGUCUAGAAACACUUUUCUUUUUUUCUUUUUGUGUAGUGUGCAAUAACAAUGGGUUCCGACUAAUUCGGGUUAGACUCAGACCGGUCAGUAGGGGAUGAAGCUCUCACUCAUGGAUUUUCACUA